AUGAAUAUCAACAACAAAACGAUGUCGGCUCCGGGAUGUCAGUGUGCGGUGUUUUGAUGGAAUAUUUUCUUCUAAGUGCUUGAUUGAACUGCAAGAACAGAACAGUACGAAGAACUUCGAAAGUUCUCAAGGCGGGGAGGUCGGACGGCUUGGAGCAGUGAAUCUGCUCUUUCGUAGAUUUAAGCGAACGUUGAAACGCGAGUGUUCCGACGGCAUUACUGCUGGGAUAAAGACAAGUAUAUUGUGUCUCUGACUGGGAGGGGCUGCCAGCCAUGUCGAGAACAGCAGCAGACCUGACGCUGAGCGACAUCUUGACGGUGUUCAGCGCCUCCAAGCCGGCCAGCAAGGUUGCAUCCAACCAGAGGCUCUUCCAGGACCACCAACCUACUGCUGAGGAGGCCAGGGCCCUCGUGAUGCCCCAGAGGCAGAUAUCGAGCGGGACAGAUUAUGUCAAGCACUACCAAGAGAAAGAACUCCAGGCACUCAAGCGCACGGAGAGCGAGGCGGCAGAGCCGGACGCACUGGCGCCGCUGAGCACGAUGGGUGCCGGCGUGGACAGGGUGACCCUGGCCGCAGAGCAGGCGCCGCUGGGGGACUUGCAGGCGGAGAGCAGCCAGCAGGUGUACUCCAACUACUUCCAGGGCAGGCCCUUCCUGCACAACCAGGACCUGCCCAUUGCGUCGUGCAAGGACCAGCUGAUCAAGAUGGUGGAGACCUAUCCCGUGGUGGUGGUGCAAGGCGCCACGGGCUGCGGCAAGACGACGCAGGUGCCGCAGUACCUGCUGGACCACUUUGCCUCCAAAGGGCAGCACUGCAACAUAGUGGUGACGCAGCCACGACGCAUCGCCGCCAUCAGCGUGGCCCGUCGGGUGUGCCAGGAGCGUGGUUGGAGCCUGGGCACGGUGGUCGGCUAUCAGGUGGGCAUGGACAACCAGACGUCGGAAGACACCCGACUGGCUUACGUGACGACCGGAGUGCUGCUCGAGAAGCUGAUUGGCCAGAAGGACAUGAACCAGUUCACACACGUCAUCAUCGACGAGGUCCACGAGCGUGACCAGCAGACAGAUUUCGUGCUCCUGGUCGUCAGGAAGUUCCUGCGCUCCAACUCCAGGACCGUCAAGGUGAUCCUGAUGUCCGCCACGAUUGACGUGACCUACUUUGCGGAGUACUUCUCGACGUCGUUCUUCAACAAGCUGGAGCCGGCCCCCGUCGUGGAGAUCCCGGGCAAGAUGAUGGCAGUCAAGGAGUACUACAUCAACAGCCUACGCACCCUGGGGGAGAUUCCCCAGUUCGAUGAGAACGACCCGUCCAUUCCGCUGGAGUCGUUUGUGCUGGCCCAUCGCCUCGUGAAGGCGUUCGACAAGCUCGAGGUGUCCGAGCAGACGGACGGCACCCCCACAGAGAGGUUUGCUCCCGUGCGUGGCACCGUCUUGGUGUUCCUGCCAGGGUACGAAGAAAUCUCAACCCUCACCGACAUGUUGAGAGACGACGGUGUCUCACUGAGGUGGACCGUCCUGCCACUACACUCGACCGUCACCCAGCAAGAGCAGCAGUCUGUCUUCCGGCCGCCCGAGAGAGGCUACCGAAAGAUCAUCCUAUCAACCAACAUUGCGGAAAGCUCCAUCACAGUGCCAGACAUCAAGUAUGUGAUCGACUUCUGCCUGACCAAGAGCCUCGUGUGCGACCCGGACACCAAGUACUCCUGCCUCAAGAUGGAGUGGGCGUCCAAGGCCAACUGCAAGCAGAGGCAGGGGCGCGCCGGUCGCGUGUCUGAGGGUCGCCUGUAUCGAAUGAUACCGGAGGACUUCUACAACAACGUCCUUCCCAGCUACGGCAUCCCCGAGAUGAAGCGCUGUCCGCUGGAGCUGACGGUGCUGAAGGUGAAGAAGCUGGACCUGGACGAGCCCAAGGCCAUGCUUGCCCUGUGCCUGGACCCGCCGGACCUGGGAGACAUCGAGCGUGCCAUCCUGGUGCUCAAGGAGGUGAGCGCCCUGACAAUGGGGGCCAUGGGCUCCUUCAGCCCCUACGACGGGGACCUUACCUUUGUGGGUAGGGUGAUGGCCCAGCUGCCCCUGGACGUCCGCAUCUCCAAGAUGAUCAUCCUUGGCUUCGUCUUCGACUGCCUCGAAGACUGCAUCAUCAUCGCGGCCUGCCUCUCCGUCCAGUCUAUGUUCUCGAGGCCCUUCCAGAAGCUCAUUGAGGCUUACAAGUCUCGACUUGCCUGGGCGGACGGAUCCUUCAGCGACUGCCUCGCCAUGCUCCAGGCUUACAAGCUGUGGCAAAAGUUUAAGCUGGAGGGCGCCUUCUCAAGACGCAACGGCGUGGACGAGAGGGCCUGGGCGAGGCAGAACUUCCUCCAGUACAAACGCCUGGUCGAGAUAGAGAGGCUCGUGGACGAGCUGAAGAAGCGCCUGGUCACCUUCAACAUCCGCACGGAUCCGCGCCCAAACAUCCGAGGUGUGGACGACAACGAGCACCUGGUGAUCCUCAGGCUGGUGAUCUGUGGGGCAUUUUACCCUCACUACUUCACUCAGGAGAGCCUCAACGAAGCCGACUGCUUCAAGGGACUAGUCACUGAUCCACUCUGUUCCGUCACCGUUAGCGGCAUCCCCCAGAAUCAAGGCAUUCUCUACGACCACGCCUUGCGGCGAAUGUUCAGCUGCUGCAGCGAGCACAUGAAGAUCUACUUCGAGGAGUCCAAGGCCACGAUCGAGUUCCUGCGCAAGUCGUCGAGCGUCGGCAUUCUCCCGGCUGUCUACACGGCGGUAAAGAUGAGGCAGCUCAGGAUCCCCCUGGAGCUGUCCCUGUUCCGACCCGAAGACGCCAAGGAAAAACUGGAACGCCUGCGGCGGUUGCAGGAAGACAACGCCGGCAACAAGCUCAAGACCAACCGCAUGGUGGUGGUGCCAGGCAUCAGCUCCCUGAAGACCGUGCCACUCCCAAGCACCAACCAGAUGACCAUCAACAUCUACCUGACCGAGGUGGUGACUUGCGGCCACUUCUACGCCCACUACUCGGACCCCGCAUACGAGGCGGCCGAACAGCACAUGACCCUCGCCAUCAAUCACAACGGGGGCAAGCACCUCAAGCCCAUCACGUCCGAGCUGAGGCUGGAGAUGCUGGUGCUGGCUCCUUUCAAGGGGGCCUACUACCGAGCAAGGAUCGAAUCCCUCGGGCAGAACAACAAGGCUUCGGUUUUCUUCGUGGACUACGGCAACAGGCUGAUCCUGGACGCGUCACUGCUGCGGGAGAUCGACCCGGACACUCUCUUUGACACCCUCAUCACGCCGGCGCAGGCGUUCCAGUGCAAGCUGGCCGAGAUCAAGCCUUCCGCGCUGGCCUGCAGCAAGGAGCAGUGGACCAACAGGGCCAAGGACGUCUUUGAGCGGCUCGUCAGUGGCAAGGAGCUGGUCGCACGGGUGUACUCCGUGGUGGACGAGGUGGUGAGGGUGCACCUCCUGGUGAGGGACGGACACCUCCACGUCAACGUCAACGAGGAGCUGGUGCGGCUGGGCAUCGCGGACCGCUGUGAAGAGAGCUUCCUCUCCAAGAAAAACCACCAGCUGCGCGAGCGCGUGGAGUCGUACCACCAGUCGGUGACAGACUCAACGGAGGCUGUACAGGACGGCUGCGAAGAGGUGGACACGUGCCGGCUCAACUUCGGCCCGCCCCAGAUGUCGGCGCGCAAGGUGAGGCUGAAUGGACCCCACAGUCCGCUGGAAGUCCGGCUGUCCGGAAUGACCAGGGUCUGUUCUCAGAGGGGCGUGCGAGUGGAGCGCACAAGCGUCAACUCGGUGCUGCUGGAGUCGGAGCCCCAGAGGCCCCACCCCCGGAUGCUGGUGGCAUGCCACGUGGGACAGAGCGCCACCAGCGACCACGUGACUCUUCGCAGCACCACCCUGCUGCCGGCCAUCCCGGGGCUGCACUGCCUCAUGCCCCUCCUCUUUGCGCCCCACGUGGAGUUCAGGGCGGACCCGGAGAAGACCGAGUACAUCGGAGCCCUCUGCGGGCUGGGCUUCGAAGACCACUCGGGCCUUGCGCUUUACGCAGAUCACGACAUGGAGCUCACCUUUGACACCACCUUCACCCAGGACGAUCUCUUCCUGGUGAAUCGAGUGCGGAUGAUGAUCAAUCUCGUUCUCAAGGCCGACCCUGGCAUGGCGGUGAUCAGCUGGUCUGGUUCCGGAUUGGCUAGAGUCCAAGCGAGAGCACGAGAAUUUCUUUUUGAGCUGAUAAUGAAGAAGCUAGAACCUAGGGAGCCACGGGUGUUCCCCCGGAGGUACCAGUGGAACCUGAUCAGGGAUGACUGUCGCCUGCGCCCCACCGUGAGCGGCGAGGAGGACCUGCCGGCCACGGUGCUUCCGCUGCACGACGGCAUCUGCCUGGAGCCGUCUUCCGACAUGCUGCGCACCGUGCACGAGAGGCUGCAGGAGCUGCACAUGCAGGCCAGCAGCGACCGGACGUCGGAGAGGCAACUGGUCCGCUGCCCGGUUUGCGACGUCGCCUUCCUGAAUCCCUUCGACAUCCACCAGCACCUGCGGACCAAGACGCACAGGGACAAAGAGAUGGAGAUCCAGACACUCUACGAGGAGUCCUUGCAGCGGAGGAGGACCGGCCCGUGAUCCGCUCUUGGGGGACAGUGUCUUCGUCAUCCUGCUUUUCUUUAGGAGCCGACCAGUGCCACAGUUUGUUUUCCGCCCUGUUGGGCGUGUCCACGUCUUCGUUGUCAAGCGUUCACCUUGUUUGUCGGGGUGAAGGAACCACCGAAAUGCUAGAAGAGGAGGAACCACCUUGCGGCACAGGCAGUGCCCCGUCGAGCGGAAAUAAAGUGAGAGUUCUUUGGCGAGUUUA